GCUGCCGGCCGUGCCGCUGCCCGCCCUUCUUUCCAGCUCCCCUCAGCCGCCUCAGCCUUCUUCCCGCCCCUCCCGCCGGAAGUGACGCAGCCGCCGCCUUGCACUGAGCCGCAGCCAUGGCGGCGUCCCGGCGAGCCGCGGAGCCGUUGCCCGGGGCCGGCGGCGACUACGUGGUGGGGCAGGUGCUCGGCAGCCUCUGUCCCGGCGCAGGGCCGGCGGCGCGGCCCCUGGACGGCCUCUUCCGCGCCGCCGCCCCGCCGCCCGUGCUGGUGGCCGUGCCCAGGGAAAAUAAGAAGAGAAAGCAUGCGGAAGUGGAGAAAGCAUCAGAAGAUCAGGGCUCGUCUAACAAGCAAGAACCUCCUGUAAAAGUGAAGAAAACGGGAAAAAAGGAACUUUCGAAAGCAGGGAAAAAGUUGGCAAACAGGGAGAGUGCUUUACAACAGGCAGAUGAAGAAGAGGAGCAAAAACUAUUUCAAAGCAAAGCGAAACGGACUUCACGUGCCAUUGCGAAAAGUGGUGUUAAUUCAGAAACUCUAAAACAACAAAAGAAAAAAAAUGAGGCGGAAGAAAUGAUAAAAAACAAAAGAACGGUGUUUGUUGGAAACCUACCUGUCAACUCCACUGCUCAGAUGCUGAAAUCCCUUUUUAAAGAAUAUGGACAAAUAGAAUCCAUUCGAUUCCGUUCUGUGGUUCCAGCAGAAGACACUUUAUCCAAAAAGUUAGCAGCAAUAAAGCGUAAGAUUCACCCUAACGUGAAGUACAUUAAUGCCUACAUUGUAUUUAAGGAAGAAUGUGACGCCAUUAAGGCUCUAAAAAAAAACGGAACAGAAAUUGCUAGUGGAUUUCACAUCAGAGUUGACAUCGCAUCAAAAAACAGUUUGCAUGACAAUAAACGUUCUGUAUUCUUGGGAAAUCUCUCAUAUGACAUCAGCGAUGAUGCCGUGAGAGAACACUUUGCUGACUGCGGAGAUGUGGUAGCAGUGCGAAUUGUGCGAGACAGGCAGACCGGCAUGGGGAAGGGCUUUGGCUACAUUCUCUUUGAGAACACGGACGCCGUGCACCUGGCUCUGAAGCUCAACGACUCGGCGCUGCAGGGGCGGAAGGUGCGUGUGAAGCGCUGCGUGGAGAAGGGCAGCGCGGCGCGGCGAGCGGCCGGCCAGCCCCGCGGCGCCAAGGGCAGGGCUCGCAGCGCGGCACCCAGCGGCAGCGUGCACAGCGCCUCCUUCGUGGGAGAGAAGGCAGCGCCCUGCGCGCGGGGCGCCAGGACCAAGAGACUGAGAAAAGGCGCUGCCAAGAGGAGACCCGGGAAGAAGAAAUAGCCCCGGACGCGGCGCUGUGUUAAUAAAGCCUGGGUGCGGUGCGGAGCCGC